AUGGCGCCCUCCCCGCCCCCCUAUCGCCCGCGCACACGUGCGCGCGCACCCCCACCCCACGUGGGGGCUUCGCCGUCGCUGCCGCCGCCGCCGCCGCCUCCAACCCACCCCCUCCCGGCACUCAGCUCUAAAUCCGGGUUCCAAAGUCGAUGGUGCCCCGGGUUCCCUCCUCCUCCAUUCUCCCUCCCCCAUGUCUGGCCCCCACCACAUGCCCCGAGCGACUGCUCACCUUUCAAGCGGGGCAGGGCGCCGGGAGCCACUCGGGGAGGCGCCGCCGCCGUGGCCGCUCUCUGCCCCCGCCACGGCACUUGCCCGGGUGGCCGCCGCAGGAAGCUCGACAGCGGCGCCGCGGCGCUUCCAGGGGAAAGGCGUCACUGUGGCCCCGCUGUUGGAAGUCCGCUCCAUCCUGCCCUUUGUGGCCUCUUGAAAAAUUUGGACACGCUAGCUCCCUUAGCGGUGUGGUCUCAACUAUAUAUGGAUAUUAUAUAUGCUCCUGCCUACUUCAUCUCCAACCACACGACCCCCAGCUCACCCCUUUGGCUUUGUGGCUGUUCCUACAACGCGCAGGGCUCUGUCCAGUUCAAGACUUUCAGCUUGCUUUUGCCUCUGACUAGAACUCUUCAGUUAACUCGUUGAUGUUCAAUGCGUACUUCAACUCCCUUCUCGAAAGUCAUUAUCUGAGGCUUCCAGACCACUUUAUCCAAAGGAGCACGCUCACACCACCGCUCUUUCUUUCUUCACCUGCGUAUAUUUCUUCCUAACAGUUAUCACUUACAGACUUUGUCGGUCUCCUGCCACCAAGAAGGUGAGAUCCAUAGAGGCAGGGACUUUGUAACUUUUGCUUAUUGCUGUGUCCCCAGACCUGUGUCAGGCACAAAGAAGUCUUAAUAAAUACUAUAUUAAAACAUGACAACAGGGGCUUGUGGCUGGCUCACUCGGAAGAACAGGCGACUCCUGAUCUUGGGGUUGUGAGUUUGAGCCCCACCUUAGGCAUAGAGAUUAUUAUAAAUAAAUAAACUUUAAAAAAAUAAAUGAAACAUGUUAACAAACUACAUUGGGCAUGCAGGAAAAUUAAAGCCCAAUAAACAUUCAUGGAGAUAAGUACUUCCCUU